AUGGCUACCCUCAAUACUGUGGUACCCGCUCUUCCUGUCCUCCUGGGCCUAACUGGUGUUGGGGUGGGCAUCUACAGCUUCGUUUCGCCCACCAACGCCAUCCGCAUGUUUGGACUGCGCGCCCCUUCACCAAGCGAUAAGAAUCUCCCUUCACCACAUGCCGAAGCCUUCCAAAGAUCCGCUAUAUACACCUAUGGCAUCCGCAACAUCGGCGUGGGCCUUGCCAACCUCGGCAUCUUUGCGUUCUGGAAGCUGUCUCCGGUGUGUCAGACCAACCCGGCCGCGUCGGAUGCUGUGAGACAAUGUCUGGGAAUUUGCCUCAUUUUGGGCACAACUGUUGGACUGGGUGAUGCUUGGAUUAUUCGACAAUUCGCCAAGGAUGAAGGGGUCCAAGGGGAGGCCAAGACUGAGGCAGCCAAGGCUAGUGUUAGCCACGCUGUCACGGCAGCCGUCAUCUUGGCGACAGGCAUCUUCUUGGUUCUGUAA